UUGAUAUUGACAAUCGUACAAUAUUUUUUCAAGUUGACCUACAGCUACGUCAUUUUUGCCUUUGAUUGUCAUUUUAUGUGUUCUUCCAUGAGUCACCGAUAAUUUUCGACCAAAUUCUGAAAACAGACUACCCUGUUUCACAACGAUUCAUCACAUUCGAGAAGUUUAAAUUGCCGGUGCUGGUGGUACUGUCUUUUAGUGUGAAAUAGAAAUCCGUAAACAUGAGUCUACAGUGGACAAUAAUCGCGACCUUCUUGUACACCGAAAUAGCCGUGGUGUUGCUUCUAACGUUGCCGGUAGCGAGUCCUUCGAGAUGGCAGAAGUUUUUCAAAUCGAAGUUUCUAGCAUACAUCGGAAAUCAAGCCUACAUCUACUUCUUCGUGUUGGUGGGCGUUCUGGUUUUGUGCCUCUUGGAUGCCAUUCGUGAGAUGCAAAAGUACUCGGAUGUGGAGAAAACCGACCAUCAGCACCUUGACGCGGAGAUGCAAGGUAACAUGCGCUUGUUCCGUGCUCAGAGGAACUUCUAUAUCUCCGGUUUCGCGCUGUUUUUGCUUGUUGUGAUCCGCCGUUUGGUCCAGAUGAUCUCGCAGCUGGCUUCGUUGUUGGCGCAGUCAGAGGCUAGUUUCCGCCAGGCGCAGAGUGCGACUGUCGCUGCGAGGAGUCUGCUGCAGAAGCAGGGAGAAGGUGAUGCUAGUUCAAAGAAGGAGAUGGAAGAUCUCCGAAGCCAGAUCUCUCUUCUAGAGAAGGAGCUGUCUAAGGAAAAGAAGGACAAGGAAGCAGUCAAGUCCCAAGCUGAGAGCCUGAACAGAGAGUACGACCGUCUCGCUGAGGAACACAGCAAGUUGCAGAAGAAAGUCACCGUAAGCAGCGGCGGUGACGACAAGAAAGAUGAUUGAAUCUAAGAACAUAGUUCUGGGCUACUUCUUUCGGUCAUUCAAUGUCUACGGUCUGAAUUCUGCUAUUGGUAUCAACUAAAAAGACUUAUCUUAGUGAUAAACUAUAAAUUACAGUACUAAUGCUGUCCAACUGUAUUUUUAUCUGAUAAAGUAAUAAUCUUUGCAGACUAUUUAAAUCUAUUUAAAAAAAAAUGCUCUAAUGUAAAAUUUCUAAUAGCUUUUAUCUUCAGCAAUUUCUUAAUAACAGCAUUUAUAAUAUUAAUGAGAUCUUAUCGCAUUAUAAGCAUAUUAGCUAUUUGAGGUUUGGGUAUGUUGAGAGAACAAAUAUUUUUUUGGUUCAGUGUUGUCAAAUUCUACAUAAAUGUAAGAAAAAAUAUUCUUUGCAUUCUAGUUAUUUACUGACCAAAGGUCAAUCUAUUCAUUGCUAAAGGUUAUUGUUUAAUACAAAACCAGUUGAUAAGAAGGUAUGGUGUAUUGUUGACUGUUAUUUAUCAGUUCGAAGUCCAGUUUUUAAUUUUAUUUAUUCAUGUAUGAGAUUGAAAAGAAUGCUUAUCUUAGUGUUUGUGACUUAGGCUUGUUUUUAUACUGUUUUCCAAUUGUUUGGGUUACUUACAUUAUGUGGUGUAUUUUUUGUGUUAAGGAUAGUCUUAUUUUUAUUUGGAGAUGUAUCAAAAGGUGUGUCUAUUAUUAUAUGAUUUUUUU